UCUCCCCAAGAGCUCCAGUGCAGCCGCCUCACUGAGUUUACUCAAAAACAGCUGGGAGAAUGCAAACAGGCGGAGGGAGCGUACGGCAAGCGCUGGGCACAAGCAGCAUGCCCAGUAGUGUGGCACAGCAGUAUUGCCAGUAGUGUGCCACUGCCUCAUCUGCAAACAGGCACCAUGGAUCCCUGCGCUCUGGUUACAAAAAGGAGGAUGAUGUUUUUCCCAUUAACAUUUUUAAUUGGAGUAUAUCUUCUGGCUUUUAGCGGAGCUCAGAACUGUGCAAUCGUCAAUAAAAUUGGCAUUUUUAAUUGGUGUAACCUCACUAAAAUUCCACAUGUACAAAAUGAUACGGUGAAGCUAAUGUUACUCUUCAACUACAUAACAGAAAUCGAUGCCUCCUCCUUCCCUCUUCUGAAGAAUUUGCUUUUUCUGCACCUGGGCUCACAAAGAAACAAUUCACUAACAAUAAGAAAGAAUAGUUUUCAAAACUUACCAAACCUCAUUGAGUUGGAUUUAGCUGACAACAAAAUUCUGAUUCUUGAUCCUGAAGCUUUUUUAGGGUUGUCAAAAUUACAAAACCUUAUUUUGUUUAACAACAAUUUAAAUGAGUCAAUUUUGGAAAAUGACUAUUUUAAAGAUUUGAUGUCUUUGCAAUUCUUAGAUCUUUCCAGUAAUAAAAUAGCUUAUCUCAAACCUAAUCCUUUGUUUUACCAUCUUUUUUACUUUUACUUAAUUAACUUAAAGCAUAAUCAAAUAUCCAGAAUUUGUGAAGGAGACCUUUACAGCUUUCAAAUGAAAUACUUUGCAGUAAUGGAUUUAUCAGCCAAUCAUCUAUACAAAUCAAACAUCUCAGUCUGGGAGCAAUGUGGGAAUCCUUUUAGAGAUAUUCAAUUUGACACUUUGAUACUUUCUAGUAACGGAUUUAGUGCAGACAACACACAAAAACUUUGCAAUGCCUUGAAUGGAACAAAACUUAUUCAACUAAAGUUAUCUUCUCAUAUCAUGGGACCAGGAUUUGGGUUUAAGAAUACUAAAGACCCAGAUAAUUCCACCUUUGUGGGUUUAGCAAAUAGUGAUCUGAAGAUUUUAGAUUUAUCAGAAGGCUCUAUUUUUCAUUUAAAACCGUACACAUUUGGCAAUCUGUCUAAGCUAGAAAUGCUCAUACUCAAUAACAAUAAAAUAAACUCUAUUGAAGAAUUUGCUUUUCAUGGUCUACAUAGCCUUCAAAUCCUUAAUUUGUCUCAAAAUUUAUUAGGUGAACUAUAUAGCCACACAUUUGAUGGACUUCCAAAUGUAACCAUAAUUGAUUUGCAACAAAAUAAUAUUGGAGCUAUAACAACAAAUGCCUUUGCAAAACUAACACAGUUAAAGUAUUUGGAUCUUCGUGAUAACUCUAUUAAAUCUAUUCAAUUUUUUGCAAACAUGAAAUUUGUAGAGUAUAUUUUUUUAGGAGGAAAUAAACUGAAAAUGAUAGAUAGCUUCAAAGUAGACACCAACUUUGCAGAUUUCUCAAGCAAUCGGUUGAAAAACCUUGGUGAUCUGCAUAAACUUUUAACAAACGAGUUUCUUAAUUAUGUUAUUUUGAAACAAAAUGUUUUUUUGGAAUGCUUUGUCUUUUACAAUAUUUCCAAUAAGAAUUCACUUAUACAUCUUGAUCUGUCAGAAAAUGUUAUAGAAUUAAUAUGGAAAAAUGGACAGUGUUUGGAUGUGUUUCAUAAACUUUCUAAGCUAUUGACUCUAAAGCUAAAUAAUAACUACCUUACCUUUUUCCCAGAUGGUAUCUUUAAUGGGUUGACAUCUUUAAAAACUCUUAAUUUGUCUUCCAAUUUGCUCACUUAUAUUUUCCCUGGAGUUUUUCCAACAAAUUUGGAUACCGUUGAUUUGUCCAAAAAUAAAUUGCUUUCACCCAGUCCUGAGAUUUUUGCUUCCUUACAGGCACUUGACAUAACCUAUAACCAAUAUAUUUGUGACUGCUCUAUCACAGAUCUUAUAAUAUGGCUAAAACAAACAAACACUACUCUUUUGGGUGAAAAAGAUGACAUUUAUUGUGUGUUUCCACAAAACUUCAGAUUUGUCCCACUCCAUAAUCUCACAACAGAUGGAUGUGAUGAAGAUAUCAUAUUGAUGCCUCUUAGGUUUUCAUUGUUUGUUUUCACCAGCUUCUCCAUCAUAAUGUUCUUGAUAGCAGUAACAGUGUAUACCCAGUUCCGAGGGCUGUGUUUUUACCUGUUCAAAAGACUAAUAGACUCUGUACUCCAAGAUCCGCCCAGUGAAAACUCUGACCUGUACAAAUAUGAUGCUUAUUUUUGCUACUCUAGCAAGGAUUUUCAAUGGGUUCAAGAUGCUUUUUUCAAAAACCUUGACUCUCAGUACUGCGACAAGAACCGUUUCCAACUGUGCUUUGAAGAAAGAGACUUUAUUCCAGGAGAGGAUCAUAUUAUGAAUAUCCGAAAUGCAAUAUCAAAUAGUAAAAAGACAAUCUGCAUUGUGACAAAACGAUUCCUUAAAGAUGGAUGGUGUGUAGAAGCGUUUAACUACGCACAGAGUCGAUAUUUUAGUGAACUGAAAGACGUGCUUAUUAUGAUAGUGGUUGGGUCACUAUCGGAAUACCAGCUGAAGAGAUAUCAACCUAUACGGACAUUUGUACAAAGAUCUCAGUAUUUAAAAUGGCCAGAAGACUACCAAGAUAUCGACUGGUUUCUAGAUUCGUCUCUCCUACUUGAGCUACGGACACCAGUGACAACAGCCUCUUGAAGAAGUUUGUCCCGCACCUCCUUCUCCCAACUGUUGAAACGCACACUCUUUGAUGUGGAGUGCAUGAUUGACAUUUUCCUUUUGAGCAUCGCCCUGCAAUCAUAAUACCUAUAAAUCAAAUAAAAACAUAUUUUUUGGUUAGAAAAUAAUAAAAAAAAAACAUUGAAAAACUAUAAUGACUUUAUUUGAAAAUAAGGAUUUCUUACAUUUUGCAUCUGAUUAUUAACAUCAAAAGAAUACCAGCGGAGCUAUUGGAAAUGACUGACAGUGCCUGACCUUUACCCCGGAUUUUUAGAGUAUUCAAAAGUUAUAUUAUAGAGAUGGAUAGAUUAAUAGAAAUA